AUGCCGGUACUCCUUUGUCUAACAGCAAUCUUGCUAGCUUUGACGCUUGCUCACUGUUGCGAAGGCAGCGGCUCUCACGAAACGCCGCCCUCUCCAUUCGUACAAACAUCAUAUGGUCCCGUAACAGGAACAAGCGUGAUGGCGGCGGAUAAAGAGGUACUAGUCUUCAGCGGCGUACCUUUCGCAAAAGCACCGUUGGGCGACCUCAGGUACCAUCUGGCCCAAGAUCCAGAUUCAUGGCAAGAACCGAUGUCGUGCAUAAAACUGGCACCAGCGUGCUAUCAACGAGAACUCUAUCCUGGAUCAGGCAUGAAAAUCGCAAAGAAGAUGAUUGAAGAUGGAACGAUGAGCGAAGACUGCUUAAGGCUGAACUUAUGGGUGCCUGCAGGCAAACAGAAUCUCACUACGAUGGUGUGGAUAUUUGGCGGUGGGUUUUUCAGCGGAAGUCCUUCGGAUCCAACCUACGAUGGCGCAGAGCUUGCUGCUCGUGGUAACGUCAUAGUGGCAAAUAUCAACUAUAGAUUAGGUCCGUUUGGAUUCGUCCACUUCGGCGACGAAGCGGUGCCUUCCAACCUUGGUUUGCUAGACCAGCGACAAGCUUUGCGUUUCCUUCAUCAAAACAUUCGCUUGUUUGGGGGCGACGAAACAAAAAUCACCCUGUUUGGCAACAGCGCGGGAGCUGCCUCUGUUUCAGCUCAUCUUGUGGCUAAAAAGAGCUGGCCAUACUUCAACCGGGCGAUUGUUCAGAGCGGGGUCAUGAACGCUCCAUGGACCCAAAACAGUCCAGAGAAAGAGAGGAAUGGAACUCUAGAACUUCUACGGAAACUCAACUGUAACUCAGGAAACACAACCGAGUCUGUGCGAUGCUUGCGUUCCGUGCAACCAAUGUCAAUCAUAACCGCAGCGACAGAACUUUCACAACAGUACCAGUCGCGAUUCUUUGUUCCAGUGAACGAGGAUCGUCAGUUUUUCGAAGGAAACGCCUUGAUGGCCAUAGCAGGCGGUGCUAUGAAAAACUGUUCCAUUCUAAUUGGCUACAACACUGACGAUGGCAGCUUUCUUAUACCGCUUAUACUACGAGAUGUCAUGAUCGAUAAUCCGCAGGCAGCAAUAAAUCAUGCCCAGGCAGAGAAGGUUUUAACCGCGAUGUUUCAAGACAUAUCUUAUACUGCUAGCCAGUCGCUCCAGCGCCAUGUUUUCCGAAGAGAACCUGUAGGCAGAAAUACCACAGUCGCAGAUAGAUACUUUUAUAGAGAUUCAAUAAUAAAGGCGGGAACUGAACACUUUUUCACUUGCAGUAUUAAAGAGUUUGCAGAUCAAAUGGCCAAUACUAACAGCUCGGUCUUCAUGUACCACUUUGCUGAACCAUGGACAGUAAAGAAUCUGCCGUCAUGGAUGGGCGUUACCCAUGGGCUAGAAAUCGAUUAUGUGUUUGCACGCUAUCUUAAACAUAGAGCUGAUUACAGCAAAAAGACAGAAAUAUUCAGCCAAGCAGUAGCCGAUAUUUGGACAAGCUUCGCUAAGGAAGGGUAA